AUGAUCAUCCCCAUCCGCUGCUUCUCCUGCGGCAAGGUCGUCGGCGACCUCUGGGAGAAAUACCUCGAGCGCAUAGAUAGCGGCAUGGAUGAUGCGGAAGCCAUCGACAGCCUCAACCUCCAGCGCUACUGCUGCCGGCGCAUGCUGCUCACCCAUGUUGACCUUAUCGAGAAACUCCUCAAGUACAAUGCGAGCGAGAGGGAGCAGGCGAGGGCUAUGCGGCGGUAGUGAGAGGGCCCUUGCGCCCUUGAAAUAAUG